GCCAGUGAAGAAUCGGCAAACAAAGAAAGGCAAGAAGAAAGAGAGUGAAUCAGAGAGUGGAAAGUCCAGUGCCCCUCAGUCACAGGAGGAAUCUGACGUCAGCACCACCCAGCAGAGACGUAAGAAAGUCCUGUCGUCUGAUGAGGCGGUGGUGGACGAGGACGCGAGUUGGAACCCGAGUCCAAAGAAGGCCAAGGUGUAUAGUUUGAGCAGAACCAGAAAGUCUUCGUCCGAUGGGUCUAAAUCCAGAAAGUCUUCAUCGGGCAGUGCAUCGGCAGGAGCAACGAAGGCCGACACCAACAAACAGAGGAAGAAGAGACGUCCUCAGGGAGGGACGGAGUUAGAGGUGGUGCUGGAGGCCUUCCUUGACUUCUGUGAGCAGUACAGGGAGUCUGUGGAGUCUAAAGCAGUCAAACAGUCCAUUUAUUCUUUCUCCUCCAAUGUAAAAGAGCAACUCCUGGAGAAGAUCACUUCUUACAAGGAGCUCAAGGUGCUAAAAAGAGAAAACGCUAAGGUGGGUUCGUUGAUCCGUGGAAAGACACAGAGACUGUUGGACGCCAAACAAGAGCUGAUGAGGGCAGAGAGGCAGGUGUGGCUGCUGCAAAAGGAGAAAGCUGAACUUAAACUCAGAUUAGGGGAUCUGAGACGAGGCCAAGCCUUCCUGCAUGACAUCAAAGAGCUCAACAAACAAUACCUGGGCUUCAGACACAAACAUCCCAGAGAGAAAGAAACGUAUGGAGCAUCCAGUCUGCCCGCUCUGCUACUGGAGGCCCAGCACAUUCAUGCAGCAGAGCAUCAGCUGAGAGGAAUCAAUAACCGACUGGAGAGAAGACUGGGACUCGGGAAAUAACGCGCUAUGCCAUACACACACGCAAACGCACACAGAUUAAGAUAAAGAACUGUCAAUGUCUAUGUAUUGUAACACCAGUGAUUGUAUGCUGAGGAUUUCAUUGUGUAUGCCCAUGUUGGAUCUAGAUAAACUGUAAGUAUAUUAAAUGCAAAAAAAAUAACAGCA